AUGGCAGACCACGACGAGUUGGUCAUGCAGUUCUGCGAGCUCACCGGCGCCAGUGCCGACCGGGCUGCACAGUACCUCGAGGCCAGUAGUUGGAACAUUUCCACGGCCGUUGGCUCUUUCUUUGCAGAUGACGAUGACGAGACCGCUGGUGACGCGGGCCCCUCUUCCCAGCCUGCACCAGAGCCUGCAUACAGCGGCCCCAGAACUCUCGAUGGCCGUCCCGCCCCUCAAUCCGCCCUGCCCUCCUCCAGUUCCGCCUCAAAGAAGCCCGCCAAGAAGAAGGGUCUGGCGACACUGAGCUCGUUGGGUGGUGGAAGUGGUCACGAUCACGACGAUGACGACGAUGACGAAGAGGAGGACGACCCGACUGAUCGUAGAGGGCCCAGGGAUCUGUUCGCUGGUGGCGAGAAAUCCGGCCUCGCUGUCCAAGAUCCUUCUCGCAACGCCGCAGACCCCCAGAACGUUAUCAAAGACAUUCUCGCGAAGGCCAAGGCAAACGCCAAACGCGCCCCCAGUGAAGAGGAAACCCCCGGCCCGUCCCGUUCGUCCAACUUCCGAGGUAGUGGCACGACGGUUGGCGGCGAGGGCACAGAAUCUCGAACCAUCCCCGACCCCUCAGGCCCGCGUGCUCCUCCCCGCCCUAGUGAGGAACUUCCCGUAGUGACUCGUACUCUACACUUGUGGCGCGAUGGCUUCUCUAUUGAGGACGGCCCUCUGCGCCGCUACGACGACCCCGAGCACGCCAUGGACCUGCAGAUGAUCCGCACGGGUCGUGCGCCCCUUCACCUGAUGGAGGUGGAGCAUGGCCAGCGAUGUGACGUUCGCCUCCAGCAGCACGAGGAGGACUGGCACCAGCUCCCGCGUAUCUACAAGCCCUUUGGAGGACAGGGACGUCGGCUCGGAAGUCCAGUCCCCGGUGACGGCAAUACCGCCCCAGUGGCCACGCAGACGACUGCUGCGCCUGCUACGAGCAGCGCGCAGCCUGCCGCUGGACCGGCCCCGAUUGCAGACCUCGACAGCAGCCAGCCCACUGUUGCUAUCCGUUUUCAGAUGCCCGAUGGCUCAAGACUGCCCGCACGCUUCAACCUGUCCCACACGAUCGGCGACCUCUACCAGUUCGCCCGCAGCGCUUCGUCCGAUACCCGCGAUCGCGCCUUUAUCGUCCAGUCCACCUUCCCGAGCAAGGACUACACCGACCACAGCCAGAAGCUGGAGGAUGUCGAUGCUUUCAAGCGAGGUGGCAUUGCUGUGGUCAAGUGGGCUUAG